AUGAAGUUUGAGAAUAUGCUUGUAGAGGUAAACGGCUUUGGGAAAUUCCAACUAAGGCUAAUCCUCUUGGUGGUGAUUCCUCGUCUUACUUUGCCUUUUCACUUUUUACUCAAUAAUUUCAUUGCUGCGAUUCCUUCUCACCACUGCGACAUCAGCUCUCUGGAUGAUGGAGGCAUUUUCAAGAAUUUAUCCCAGGCGGACAGGCUUGUUGUGAGUAUUCCUCUUCAGAAAGAUGGGACUCCAAGCUCCUGUCAGAUGUUUGCAGAGCCUCAAUAUCAUCUGCUGCUCAACUCCUCCAACAUCUCUGAGCUACCGACAGUGCCGUGCCAGAAUGGAUGGGUGUACGACAACUCCACCUUCAAGUCUACUGUUACCUCAGAUUGGGAUCUGGUUUGUGAAAAAAGAGGAGUGAACAGAGCCACAGCCACUAUCUACUUCAUGGGGGUCAUGGUUGGAGCAGCAGUAUUUGGAUUCCUCAGUGACAGGUUUGGCAGAAAAACAAUGCUCCUUGUGUCCUACAUUGCAACCAUCAUCUUUGGAUAUGCCAGUAUUUUUUCAUAUAAUUUUGCCAUGUUUGCUGUCAUGAGGUUCUGCACUGGAGUAGGAAUUUGCGGAAUAAGUUUAAUCACAAUUGUCCUGUCCAUUGAAUGGGUGGACAUCAAGCAUCGCACCGCAGUGGGUAUUUUAUUGAGCAUCGACUGGAGUUUUGGUACUUCUGCUCUGUCUGCUAUCGCUUAUUUAGUGAGGGACUGGAGGUACCUGACUGCCAUAGCAACCAGUCCGCUGUUUCUGGCAAUUGCCACCUGGUGGUGGCUCCCUGAAUCUGCUCGAUGGCUGAUAAGCAAUGGAAAGGUCCAAAGAGCUCAUUUUUACCUGAACAAGUGUGCACAAAUGAAUGGCAGAGAGCAGUUCAUGGCUGAUCUAAAGCCUGAGGUUCUGUCCGAAAUCAUUCUUUUAGAAAAUGACAAAAGAAAAUAUUCUUAUUUGGACCUCUUCAGGACCCCUAGGAUGAGGAGAGUGGCUCUACUUACAAGCACUGUGUGGUUUGGAGUGGCCUGUACAUAUUAUGGAAUCAGCUUAAAUGUCACAGGAUUUGGAUUAGACAUUUACCUCACACAGUUAAUCUUUGGCCUUUCUGAAGUUCCAGCUAAAUUGUUCAUCUUUUUCACCUUGGACAUAAUUGGCCGACGGCUGAAUCAGGCUGGAACACUCAUAAUGGCUGGACUGUGUAUCCUCUGCAACAUGUUUAUACCUUUAGAUAUAGGGUCGAUGAGAACAGCUGUGGCUGCUUUGGGCAAGAUGUUUGCUGAGGCAGCUUUUACAACUCUAUAUCUGUACACAACAGAGCUUUUUCCCACUGUAAUGAGGCAAAAUGGACUGGGUUACUGCUCCUUAAUAAGUCGUUUAGGGGUGUCUGCAGCCCCUCUCCUCAUUGCUCUUGACCAAGUGUGGUACCAUUUACCGAGCACUAUUUUUGGCCUGGUGGCUUUUGUUUGUGGGCUGGCAACUUUUUGUCUCUCUGAGACAAAAAAUGUUCGUCUACCAGAGACUAUUGAGGAUGUGGAACAGAAGAGAACAAGAUCUAUCUCCACAUCUGAGGAGAAAGCACCUCUGUAAAGGUUUUUUAAAUUGCAACCAAAAG